AUGUUCGCGAGGCGACGCGGCGACGGCGAGGGGAAGGGCGCGCGCGAGGACGACGGAGGGUUGACGGAGGUGGAGCGGGCGCUUCGGGACGCGCGCGAGGCGUCGGAGCCGGGCGCGCGGGCGACGCGCGCGAUCGACGCGCUCGAGCGGGAUGAGACGAGAAUGUUCGAGACGUGGGAGACGUUGACGACGCUGGAGGUGGAUCUGUGCGCGGUGCGCGCGGCGCUGGCGAGGGUAGGGGAACGGAAACGCGGGGUGUUCGACGACGACGAGUUCGAGCGCGUGGACGCGGCGUGGACGACGUUUGAGGGGGUGCUGUGGAACAGCGUUCGGCAAGGGAUAUUAGCGGGGGAGUCGGGGUCGGUCGGGCUCGUGCGAGCCGUGCGCGUGGUGGCGGAGCAAGAGGUGCUGGACGAGGAGUUUGAGCGAGACGCGCUGACGUUUGAGCCGGAAUUGGACGCGGCGACGAAUAAAGUCAUCAAUGUCGCGCCGCCAGAGCCGAAGCGGUGGAAGACGAAGGUUCUCGAGCAAAUGUCGAUCGCCGUCGAGGCUCGACUGGCGUUAAUCGCCGAAGGGUUCAGCGGUUUAGACGACAAGGAAAGCAUCGAGCACGUCGUCGGCGCGCUCGACGAGAGCUUGGUGUCGCUCGCGGAAACGUUUGAUUACACCAUACCUGCGUUUCCGCCUGAAUGGCGUGUGUUUGAAACUGUCGUCGCGCCGACGUAUCACGCGGGCGUGUGCGAUCUUCUCGCGCGUUUAAGUUCGAGUCCUAACACCUCCAACGGCGACAUGGUCGCCACGGUGAAGUGGGGGCAGCACUAUUUCAACGCCAUGCAGUCUCUCGGUUUAGAUAUCGAAAUCACCGACGACGCGCACGCGUGCUCGGUUGAAUACGCCGAUGAGUCGAACGAGAGCCCGCCGCUGCCUUAUCCCGUCGGGUUAUCUACCGUCAUCGAGACGUAUUGCGACAGACUGCGCGUCACAAUUUCGGGAUGGACGAAUAAUCUCUGUCGCGUGGCGAAGUCGAGACCACCCAAAGAAGAUGGAUCGGGCAAGCUAUGGAACCCGAGUGACCUGGAUUUUUUUCGCCUCAUCGCAGAUCAGAUGAUGAUCGCCAUAGAGACGCAAUCGAACGUCUUCGUGCGUCAAUGCGGUCGAGUCGCCGCGGAGAUGAUUACAAACUAUGCGAGCGCCGUCGCAGACCGUCUGGGAAUGCCCAGUGAAACGCUUUCUGGGGUUCCUUGUCGGACACCCUCACGCGGUGGGCACGACAGCGCAGCGCGCGACGCGCAACCGGUGUCGUUUGAAACCAUCGUUGCCGGCGUCAACGACACGCGCCGGUGUCGAAGUUUGGCGGCGCAGACACAAAAGACAAUUUUAGAUGCGCUCGGAAUGAAGGAUGACGUCAUGGUACGCGAGUUCGAUCAUGCGAUGCACGUGUUUAAUCGCGUGCACGCCGAGGCGCGACGGAUGAUUUCGCGUCAAGUCUUAGACGACCCAGGGCUGGUGGAGGUGAUGAACACAUUUUACGGCUCCAAAGUAGACGGACCGUGGGCGACUGGUGAGUCGAUGACCACGCUUCUCGCGACCGUGGAGGAUUAUUUGGGCGAUACCGAAGAUUGGCUAACCGCCGAAGUCGCGGGUUCAGUGACGGAGACGCUGUUCGAGUACUUGAUCGAACUGUUAUUCAUCCUGUUCACAAAGCAAGCCUCCGUAGUCGCGCCGCACACGGCCGCGCGAUUGGAAGCCGACGAGCGAGCUCUCACGCAAUCCAUGUCCGUUCGUAUGUCGACGAACAAAGCCAUCGGCAGGAUCGCACGUUUGCAAAAUCUCCGCGGUCUCGUUUGCGCCGCCUCUCCCGACGCCUUCGUGCACGAGUACGGCGUCUUACUCGGCAAUUGGCCCGACGCCGGCUUGGACUGCGUCGCCGCCGUCCUCUCCGCGCGCGGUGAUUUCGACAAAGCAACUUCACGCGCGACGCUCGAGCGAUGCCGCGACGUGUGCAUCACCAAGCUCGCCGCCAUAGCGGGCGAGCGCCCCAGCGUGGGCGUCAGCGCGGCGACGUCCGUCAAGCGCUCGAACGCGAGCGGCCAUCGCCGCACGGGCAGCUCCGUGUCCUACAGCGCCUUCAAUCGGCGAUUCAAAGAUUUCGGACUCUCGUGA